AUGGGACCAAAGGUGGUGGCAGACGUGGGGACGGCCUUGGACGCGGUCUCGGACGUGGUGGUGGACGCGAUGGUUGGAAAGGGAGAAAGGGGUUCUCCGAGACAACAAAAAUACNAAAGAGAGAACAUAGGCGGCGUUUCGUAUGGAAAUGCUGGUGGUGGUAGCCAUAACGGCGGGGGCUGUGUCAUCGGAUUGCUACCUGGUUGCGGUGGCGGAGGAGACGGCACCAAAGGCGCUGGAAACACUAUCAUAGGCGGUGGCGGUGAAGGGAAGUCGAAAAAUGGUGGCGGAGAGGGAGGAGGUGGAGAAGGAACGAGCGGUGUAGGUGGAGGCGGUGGCGGUGAUGGAACCAAAGGCGGUGGAGAGGGCACAAGCGGCGGUAGACGUGGGGGCGGCCUUGGACGCGGACGCAGUGGCGGUGGUGGUGAUGGGACCAACGGUGGCCGUGGGGGGAAAGGCCAAUGGCCACAGGUUCCGAAUAAGUAUUGA